UUGGAGGGCAAGCCGCUGGCCGACAAGAUGCGUCCUGACACGCUGCAGGACUACAUCGGGCAGAGCCGGGCCGUGGGUCAGGAGACCCUGCUCCGCUCGCUCCUGGAGACCAACGAAAUCCCCUCGCUCAUUCUGUGGGGGCCCCCGGGCUGCGGCAAGACCACUCUGGCUCACAUAAUAGCCAACAACAGCAAGAAACAUAGCAUAAGGUUUGUGACAUUGUCUGCAACAAAUGCCAAGACAAAUGAUGUGCGAGAUGUCAUAAAACAAGCUCAAAAUGAAAAGAGCUUUUUUAAAAGGAAAACCAUCCUUUUUAUUGAUGAGAUUCAUCGGUUCAAUAAAUCUCAGCAGGACACUUUCCUUCCUCACGUGGAAUGUGGGACGAUCACUCUGAUCGGGGCAACCACCGAAAACCCUUCCUUCCAGGUCAACGCUGCUCUUCUGAGCCGCUGUCGAGUGAUUGUUCUUGAGAAGCUUCCAGUAGAGGCAAUGGUGACUAUUUUAAUGCGUGCGAUCAACUCUCUGGGAAUCCACGUCCUAGACUCUAGCCGUCCCACUGACCCUCUGAGCCACAGCAGCAACAGCAGCUCAGAGCCCUCUGUGUUUAUAGAGGAUAAAGCAGUAGACACUCUGGCUUAUCUCAGUGACGGGGAUGCCCGAACUGGAUUGAACGGACUGCAGCUGGCAGUGCUGGCCAGGUUGAGCUCUAGGAAGAUGUUCUGUAAGAAGAGCGGGCAGACGUAUUCUCCCAGUAGAGUUCUGAUCACUGAGAACGAUGUGAAGGAAGGCCUUCAGCGCUCCCACAUUUUAUAUGACCGAGCAGGAGAAGAGCAUUACAACUGCAUCUCUGCCCUGCACAAGUCUAUGAGAGGCUCUGACCAGAAUGCCUCCCUCUACUGGCUGGCUCGCAUGCUCGAGGGAGGAGAGGACCCGCUCUACGUGGCAAGGAGGCUCGUGAGGUUUGCCAGCGAGGACAUAGGUCUGGCAGACCCAUCUGCAUUAACACAAGCGGUUGCUGCCUACCAAGGCUGUCAUUUUAUAGGCAUGCCUGAAUGUGAGGUACUCCUGGCCCAGUGUGUGGUCUAUUUUGCCAGAGCCCCAAAGUCCAUUGAGGUAUACAGCGCCUACAACAAUGUCAAAGCCUGCCUGCGGAACCACCAGGGGCCACUGCCCCCUGUGCCCUUGCACCUGAGGAAUGCACCGACCAGGCUGAUGAAGGAUUUAGGUUAUGGCAAAGGCUACAAGUAUAACCCCAUGUACAGCGAGCCUGUAGAUCAGGAGUAUCUGCCUGAAGAGUUGAGAGGAGUUGAUUUCUUCAAGCAGAGGCGGUGUUGACUUUCAGGCUAGGACAGCAGAAGGAUGUUUGUUUUUUAGGGAGAACAGAGAAAGAGUAACUGGAUUGUGAAGUUGGUUGCCUGUUGGAAAUUAAAACAGACAAACAUUUUGUGCCAGAAAUUUAAGAGUUCCUGUAGGUGGAGGCGCAGUUACUUCAACUAAAUGUGUACCAUUGAAAUUGUGUUCAUUUGCACUCUGUGCAAUGGUUAUGCUUAUGAAAAUAUCUGGCAGCUUUGUGCAAUGAAUUAAUGUUAUAAGGAAUUAUCUAUUUUGUCAUAGUAUUUAAGUCAUAAUGUCAUUUCAGAAUUCAGUUCUGUAGGUUUUUUUUUUCUUUAAAAAAUGUAUAUUCUGGGUAGUUUCAAUUGGUAAAAAAAUGUAAUUGUGAUUUAAUACUGCAUAGUGUUUUGGGUAUUUUUUUUAUAUGCAAAGGUCUUAUGAACCAAUAAAACUAUUUCAAAGUA